AAUACUAACAAAAGUUUACCAUAAUUGGACCACUGUUACAAAAAAUCACUUGCUUUUUUUCCUGCUAUCUGACAAUCCUGAUACAAAGUGAGCAAGCAUGCAUGUAAAUGCAUGAAGCCAAGUCAUUUAGAUUCAGAAAAGCCUUGCCCUUGCCUACUUUCAGAUUGUGGUCACCAAUUAAAGCAAUGUUAAAACUAGUUUUGCAUAAAACUCCAGUGGUCUGGUAUCAAUUAGGGCAGCCUAGAGAGUUCUAAGAACAUCUCAUCUCCAUCAAAUACCAAACCACUUUCCCAAGAAGAAAAAGGAAAAAAGGAAAAGGACACAAGGAACAAUGUGAGUCAAUAAAAUUCCAUUCAGUAAAUAGAAUUUAGAAUUAGAUUUAGGUUUAGAUUUAGAGAGAGAAUAAAGAACCCUCCAAUGGUGUCAUCUGCAAACAAGCGUUAAAAGCAUACCAAUGCAAAGCUUCAAGUUUGUUCUCAUCUCCCCAAAACUUUUAUUUUUUCUCCUUUGCUUAACCCUCAAGUCUUCUCUUCCCUUCUUCUUCUUCUUCUUUAACAUCCAAAAAUAAUCACCAAAAGUUCUUCUCUUGCCUCUUCAAUGGAGGAAACAAACUACAACACCAAAUACCAACAACAAAACCAAGCAACUAACCCAAGUAAGUUUUACUCUCAUUUCCUCUACAAAGCUCUUGUAGUGACCAUCUUCUUAGUCAUACUCCUACUUUUCCCUUCACAAGCUCCUGAAUUCAUCAACCAAACACUAAACACUAGAGGCUGGGAGUUUCUCCACCUUAUUUUUGUUGGUAUAGCCGUUUCUUAUGGCCUGUUUAGCCGAAGAAAUGACGAAGCUGAAAAGGAUAAUAACAACCUCUCAAAAUUUGAUAAUGCUCAAUCUUAUGUCUCUAGAUUCCUUCAGGUUUCUUCAGUUUUCGAUGAUGAAGCUGACAGCCCUUCAAGGUCUGAUGGCAGCACCAUCCAAACAUGGAAUAAUCAGUGCUACAGGAAUGAACCUGUGGUUGUUGUAGCUGACGAAAAUUCUGUUCUUAAUCAAGAACAGAGAGGUGCCAGUUCAAGAAUCGGUGAAAAACCACUUUUGUUGCCUGUUAGGAGCUUAAAGUCGCGUGUUUUGGAAGCAGAUGGUAAUGAAACUAGUAAGGAAUCUUCUUCUUCUGGUGUUUUUGCUUCUAUUAGUAGGUCUAGUUCUAAUUUGGGUUCUAAAAGAAUUUCGAGCAAUUCAGUUAAAAGCAGAAAUGGGGAAUUUGGUAGCUCGCAUCAUCAAGAUUUGGAGGAGAAGCUGAAGGAUAAUGUGGUCCUUCCUUCUCCAAUUCCAUGGAGAUCAAGAUCUGGAAGAAUGGAAAUGAAAGAAACAAAAGAAGAAGAUGACAGUCCUCAUAUGUAUGCUCCAUUUCCGUCCAUGGAAGAACCCGAAUUCAAUAAGUCUUUCAGGUCCAAAGUUUCUCGAUCAACACGGCCCAAUUCAACAAAUUCUUCCCCCAAAUUGUCCCCCUCUCCUUCUUUAUCUUCACCGAGAAAGCUCUCACCUUCACCUUCUUUCGCAGCCGAGGCAGAAGGCAAAAGUGCAGAGGAUUUUGUCAGGAAGAAGAGCUUUUACAGGUCCCCUCCAACCCCUCCUCCUCCACCACCACCCCUGCCACAAUUGAUCCGAAAAACACAGUCAAUGAAACCGAGUUCCGGUGCCACUAAUGGUGGGGACAAGAUUUUGGGGGAGAAAGAUUUGAAACGAAGUUAUACAAGCCAGACAAAAGAAUUGAAUAGAGGCGGUGGCUUCUCAAUCCCAACAUCAGUUCGGACAACAAGAAACCAAGAUUCCUAUCCAGGGAAAGAAUUUGAUGAUAUGAUCAAUACCAAGUCAGAGAAAAGAUUCAAUGAAGGAAGAAAGACUGUAGGAUUUGAUCAGUCAUCAUUCAAGACAGAGAGACUGAAUCGAGACAGAGUCACAUUCAUGUCACAGCCAUCUUUCAGGGAGUAUCCAAAGGAAGAGAAUGAAGAGUUCGUGGAAAAAUUGGUGUCGGAAUCAGAAGAGGACUUGGAAACUGAGGACGAAGAUGACGAUGACAUUGUGGGAAAUUGUUUUGUUUCAGGCACAGGCACAGGCACUGGCACUGCAGCUAGUUCAAACAAUGAAGAAGCUGCUUCUUCAACUGCAAGUGAUGGAGGGCCUGAUGUUGACAAGAAAGCUGAUGAAUUCAUAGCCAAAUUCAGAGAGCAAAUCCGGCUUCAAAGGAUAGAGUCUAUCAAGAGAUCGAGUGGACAAAUAAGUAGAAAGGCUUCAAGGUAAUCUUAACAGGAUGGAUUAAUUCGGAUUGGUGAUCAAAAAACUUUUGCUCAUCUCAUUUUUAUGCUUAUAAUUUUACUUGGUUUCAAGAAUCUUAGGACAUAAUUUCACAGUGGACAAGAAUUGCUCGGUAUACAAUGUUUUCUUCUUCUUGUGGGUUGGCAUUAUUAAAAUGAAUAGAUGUUGUUUCGUGAAA